GAUUUCCUUACUUAAUUUGUGUAAAUGGUCAGCUUUAUAAAUUAGUAGUUUUGAAGACUAGAUUUAUUCAACAUAUCAUUUCUUGCAUACAAAAGAAAUACAAAUACACUCACUUUCAAAAAAAAAAAAUGAAGAAGGUUUCAUUCAAGUUCGUUCUCUUAGCUACCCUUUUAACGUUUUCACUUGAUCUACACACUAUAACGGAAGCAACGGAUGUGCAAUGCGACAAUAUACAAGUUUUUUGCAAACCAGAUUGCAAUUGCAAAAAUGGUAAGUGUAUUUGUGGGGAAUUUCUAUUGGAAGCUGAUGUGGAAUGCGACAAUGUACACGCUUUUUGCAAACCAGAUUGCAAUUGCAAAAAUGGUAAGUGUAUUUGUGGGGAAUUUCUGUUGGAAGCAGAAGUGCAAUGUGACAAUGUCAACGUUUUUUGCAAACCAGAUUGCAAUUGCAAAAAUGGUAAGUGUAUUUGUGGGGAAUUUCUGUUGGAAGUAGAUGUGCAAUGUGACAAUGUACACCUUUUUUGCAAACCAGAUUGCAAUUGCAAAAACGGUAAGUGCAUUUGUGGGGAAUUGAUGUGAAAAAUAACCCUUAAUUUCAAGAUUGUUGAACUCCUUAAAAAUAAUAAAAGUUCUCAUCUUUC